AGGUGCUGCUGUGCGGGCUCUGCGCCCUGGGCUGGACCGCGCUGCGCCGCGCCGCCGCCCGCCGCCUCUUUCGGCCCUUUGGGGAGUGGUGUAACUUGCAGCCCAAAGAUGCUGCCAAGAUGCCUGAGAGUGCCUGGAAGCUGCUUUUCUACACAUUAUCCUGGUCAUAUGGCAUCUACCUACUCUUCUUCACUGACUAUACCUUCUUCUAUGACCCACCAUCCGUCUUUUACGGCUGGAAGAAGGGCAUGGACGUGCCCACGGACAUCGCCAUCGCCUACCUGUUGCAAUGCAGCUUCUACGGACACUCCAUCUAUGCCACCGCCUACAUGGACACGUGGCGCAAGGACUCAGUUGUCAUGCUUCUCCAUCAUGUGGUCACACUGACCCUCAUAGCCUUCUCCUAUGCUUUCAGGUACCACAACGUGGGCAUCCUUGUGCUCUUUCUGCAUGAUGUCAAUGAUGUGCAGCUGGAAUUCACUAAGCUCAAUGUCUACUUCAAGCACCGGGGGGGAGUUUAUCAUCGGCUAAAUGACAUCAUCUCCAACAUUGGCUGCCUCACCUUCAGUGUCAGCUGGUUCUGGUUCCGUCUCUACUGGUUCCCCCUCAAGGUGCUCUACGCCACCUGCCACUCCAGCCUCCAGCUGGUCCCUAACAUCCCCUUCUACUUCUUCUUCAAUGCUCUACUCUUCAUCCUCACUCUGAUGAACAUCUACUGGUUUCUGUAUAUCGUCCUGUUUGUGGCCAAGGUGUUGAUGGGGCAGAUGCAAGAGGUGAAUGAUGUGCGUGAGUACGAUGUGGAGGACAGCAAGAAAAUGACAACGGACAAGAAGAAAGAGGGCGAACUCCAGCUGCCCAAUGCUCUGAAAGAAGGGAUGCACCUGAAGAACGGACUUAUAAAAGACAAGCGGUUAUAAGGGAAGCGUGGUUGCUGCAGCCUGGGCAGCCUGGCUGGAUCUGGG